GCCGCCGCCCGCGCGCAUGCGCCGCCGGAGCGCGAGGGUCGGCUUCGGGUGUUUGGUGGCGGCAGAGCGGAGCUGCGAGGCCCGAGAGUCAGAACCUGGGGGAGAGGGAUGGUCUCUGCACCGGGGGGAGCCGGAGGAGCCGCCGCCGCUGCCGACGCCACCGCCGCAGCCGCCGCCGCCGCCCCGGCGCCCGCCUCCCUGCGCUGACGGCCGAGUACGAAGCCGGCGAGGGGGAGCCAGCCACCGCGGUCGCCGGCACACCGCCCAGCAUGGUCCGGGAAACCAGGCACCUCUGGGUGGGAAACUUACCGGAGAACGUGCGGGAAGAGAAGAUCAUCGAGCAUUUCAAACGAUAUGGCCGCGUGGAAAGUGUCAAAAUUCUCCCCAAGCGGGGGUCUGAAGGAGGAGUGGCUGCCUUUGUGGAUUUUGUGGACAUCAAAAGUGCACAGAAAGCUCACAACUCCGUCAACAAAAUGGGAGACAGAGACCUUCGCACGGAUUAUAAUGAACCAGGCACUAUUCCGAGUGCUGCUCGCGGGCUGGAUGAUACAGUUUCCAUAGCAUCUCGGAGUAGAGAGGUUUCUGGGUUCAGAGGAAGUGCUGGAGGGCCAGCUUAUGGUCCCCCACCAUCACUUCAUGCACGAGAAGGACGCUAUGAGCGGAGACUUGAUGGGGCUUCAGAUAACAGGGAGCGUGCUUAUGAACAUAGUGCCUAUGGACACCAUGAACGGGGGACAGGAGCAUUUGAUCGGACAAGACAUUACGAUCAGGAUUACUAUAGAGACCCUCGGGAGCGGACCUUACAGCACGGGCUCUAUUACACUUCUCGGAGUCGAAGUCCAAACCGCUUUGAUGCUCAUGACCCCCGAUACGAACCUAGGGCUCGGGAGCAGUUUACACUGCCCAGUGUGGUACACAGGGAUAUCUACAGGGACGACAUUACCCGGGAGGUGCGAGGCAGAAGGCCGGAGCGCAGUUACCAGCACAGCAGGAGCCGCUCACCACACUCGUCCCAGUCUAGAAACCAGUCCCCACAGAGGCUGGCCAGCCAAGCGUCCAGACCCACCAGGUCCCCCAGCGGCAGCGGCUCCAGGAGUCGAUCCUCCAGCAGUGACUCCAUCAGCAGCAGCACCACCACCAGCACCGACAGCGACUCCAGCAGCACGGCCAGUGAUGACUCUCCGGCCCGCUCGGUUCAGUCGGCUGCGGUUCCUGCACCCACUUCCCAGUUGCUUUCGUCUCUUGAAAAAGAUGAGCCUCGGAAAAGUUUUGGGAUCAAAGUUCAGAAUCUUCCAGUACGCUCUACAGAUACAAGCCUUAAAGACGGCCUUUUCCAUGAGUUUAAGAAGUUUGGCAAGGUGACUUCAGUGCAGAUCCACGGGGCCUCCGAGGAGAGGUACGGCCUGGUGUUCUUCAGGCAGCAAGAGGACCAAGAGAAAGCACUGACAGCAUCGAAGGGAAAACUCUUCUUUGGCAUGCAGAUUGAGGUGACUGCCUGGGUAGGACCAGAGACAGAGAGUGAAAAUGAGUUCCGGCCCCUGGACGAGAGGAUAGACGAAUUCCACCCCAAAGCCACAAGAACUCUCUUUAUUGGCAACCUUGAAAAAACGACCACUUACCAUGACCUUCGCAACAUUUUUCAGCGCUUUGGAGAAAUUGUGGACAUUGACAUUAAGAAAGUGAACGGAGUUCCUCAGUAUGCGUUCCUGCAGUACUGUGACAUUGCUAGUGUGUGUAAGGCCAUCAAGAAGAUGGAUGGAGAGCACCUUGGAAACAACCGCCUCAAGCUGGGUUUUGGAAAGAGCAUGCCUACCAACUGUGUAUGGCUAGAUGGGCUUUCUUCAAACGUGUCCGAUCAGUACUUAACGCGGCAUUUCUGCCGCUACGGGCCUGUGGUAAAGGUAGUGUUUGACCGCUUGAAAGGCAUGGCUCUGGUUCUCUACAGUGAGAUCGAGUACGCACAGGCAGCUGUCAAGGACACCAAGGGCAGGAAACUCGGUGGGAAUAAGAUCAAGGUGGACUUUGCAAAUCGGGAAAGCCAGCUGGCAUUUUAUCACUGCAUGGAGAAGUCCGGUCAAGAUAUGAGAGACUUCUAUGAAAUGCUGACAGAGAGAAGAGAGGAACGAAGAGGCUCCUAUGACUACAGUCAAGACCGGACCUACUAUGAGACCGUCCGCACUCCAGGCGCCUACCCCGAGGACUCCAGGAGGGACUACCCAGCCCGGGGGAGAGAGUUUUACCCAGAGUGGGAGACGUACCAGGGAGAGUACUAUGAGUCCCGGUACUACGAUGACCCUCGGGAGUACAGAGAGUACAGGAGUGACCCUUACGAGCAAGACAUCCGGGAAUACAGCUACAGGCAGAGGGAGCGCGAGCGGGACAGAUUUGACUCUGACCGCGACCAUGAGAGGAGACCCAUUGAGCGAAGUCAGAGUCCCGUGCACUUGCGUCGUCCACAGAGCCCUGGCGUGUCUCCUGCACAUUCGGAGAGAUUGCCAAGUGACUCUGAGAGGAGGCUCUUCCGCCGGUCCUCAGAGCGGAGCGGAAGCUGCAGCUCAGUGUCCCCCCCACGGUACGACAAACUGGAGAAGGCUCGAUUGGAACGCUAUACAAAAAAUGAGAAGACAGAGAAGGAACGAACUUUUGAUCCUGAGAGGGGAGAGAGGGAGAGACGAAUAAUUCGCAAGGAAAAAGGAGAAAAGGACAAACCUGACAGGCAGAAGCGAAAAGGAAAAGCCCAUUCUCCUAGUUCUCAGUCUUCCGAAACAGAGCAGGAAAAUGAGCGAGAGCCCAGCCCCGAGAAACCGCGGGGUUCUACCAAACUGAGCAGAGAGAGGGCUGACAAGGAAGGGCCAGCCAAGAACCGCCUGGAGCUCAUGCCCUGCGUGGUCCUGACCCGCGUAAAGGAGAAGGAGGGCAAGGUCAUCGACCACCCACCCCCGGAGAAGCUCAAAGCCAGGCUCGGCCAUGACACCCCUAAGGCGUCGGCCCUGGACCAGAAAUCUCAGGCCUCUCAGGGGGAGCCUGCCAAGCCGGACGCGUCUAAGGUGGACUCUGCCAGGGGAAAGGCGCUGAGGGAAAAGGCCCUUUCGAGCCACGCGGAGGUCGUGGAUAAGGAGGGCAGACCUAAGCUCAGGAAGCACCUCAAGCCCGAGCAGACGCCUGAGCUGAGCGCCCUGGACCUGGAGAAGCUGGAAGCGAGGAAGAGGCGCUUUGCAGAUUCCAGCUUGAAAAUAGAAAAGCCAAAACCAGAAGUCAGGAAAACCAGCCCUGAGGCAGAGGAUGCUCGCGCGCUUUUAAAGAAGCAGCCGGACGCAUCAAAAGAGGGUGUUUUGCUGAGGGAGGGAGAGUCAGAAAGAAAGCCUGUGAGAAAAGAAAUCCUUAAAAGGGAAUCAAAAAAAACUAAGCUGGAAAGACUUAAUUCAGCUCUUAGUCCCAAAGACUGCCAGGAGCCUGCUGUUGUCUCCACAGGGUCUGGCUCUCGGCCCAGCUCAGACGCACACGCAGGACCAGGCGAACCAAUACCCGGAUCUGUGGAGACGCAAGAAGCCCAGCCCAAAAAAGCUAUCCCCUCAAAACCUCAGCUCAGACAGCUGCAGCUCCUCGAUAGCCAAGGGCCUGAGAAAGAGGAAAUGAGGAAAAACUACUGCCGCCGGCUUCCCGAGGAAGCGGAGCCCAGCGCCGGCCAGGAGAAGCCACACGGCGGAGUAACGGCUGAGGAGAAACUGGGCAUUGACAUUGACCACACGCAGAGCUACCGCAAGCAGAUGGAGCAGAGUCGCCGGAAGCAGCGGCUGGAGAUGGAGAUCGCCAAGGCCGAGAAGUUCGGCAGUCCGAAGAAAGAUGUGGAUGAGUACGAACGGCGCAGCCUGGUCCACGAGGUGGGCAAACCCCCUCAGGACGUCACCGAUGACUCCCCGCCCAGCAAGAAGCGGAGGACGGAUCAUGUGGACUUCGACAUCUGUACUAAAAGAGAGAGAAAUUACCGAAGUUCACGGCAGAUCAGUGAGGACUCAGAAAGAACCAGCUGCUCUCCCAGCGUCCGCCACGGCUCCUUCCACGAAGAGGAUGAUCCCCUAGGCUCCCCUCGGCUGGUGUCCGUGAAAGGUUCCCCUAAGGCGGAUGAGAAAGGUCUCCCCUAUUCUAACGUAACAGCGAGAGAAGACCUGUUAAAGUGUAAUCCUUACGAUUCUGGCAAGAGAGAACAGGCAGCAGACAUGGCCAAAUUAAAGCUGUCUGUCUUGAAUUCUGAAGGCGAACCAAACCGUUGGGACCCUCAACUGAAACAGGACCCCAGCCGGUUUGAUGUCAGUUUCCCAAACAGCGUAAUUAAGAGAGACAGUCUACGGAAAAGGUCUGUGCGGGAUCUGGAACCUGGUGAGGUGCCCUCCGAUUCUGAUGAGGACGUUGAGCACAGGCCCCAGUCCCCCAGGCCCUCCACCUUCUACGACAGCCCUCGGCUGUCUUUUUUAUUGAGGGACAGAGACCAAAAACUACGUGAGCGAGAUGAAAGGCUCUCUAGUUCUUUAGAAAGGAAUAAAUUUUAUUCUUUUGCACUAGAUAAGACAAUCACACCAGACACGAAAGCUUUGCUUGAAAGAGCCAAGUCCCUCUCCUCGUCCCGUGAAGAAAAUUGGUCUUUCCUGGACUGGGAUUCCCGCUUUGCUAAUUUUCGAAACAACAAAGAUAAAGAAAAGGUUGACUCAGCCCCCAGACCUAUUCCAUCCUGGUACAUGAAGAAGAAGAAAAUCAGGACGGACUCGGAGGGAAAACUGGACGAUAAGAAGGAUGAGCAUAGGGAGGAGGAGCAGGAGAGGCAGGAGUUGUUUGCCUCUCGGUUCUUACAUAGCUCCAUCUUUGAGCAAGAUUCCAAGCGACUGCAGCACCUCGAGCGGAAGAGUGAGGACUCCGACUUCCCUCCCGGGAGGCCGUACGGCAGGCCGGCCUCCGAGGGUGCCAGCAGCAGCAGUGACGCCGUCCAGGAGCCCGUGGUUCUGUUCCACAGCAGGUUCAUGGAGCUCACACGGAUGCAGCAGAGGGAGAAGGAGAAGGACCAGAAGCCCAGAGAGGCGGACAAGCAGCAGGACCCAGAGGCUCAUCCCAAGACCCCAGAGCCUGCCACUGAGACUAAAGAGCCGGAACCGAAAGCCCCCGCUGCAGCUGGGCUUCCUGCCGUCACCGCAGUGACACCUGAACCAGCGUCCUCGGCACCGGAGAAGGCCGAGGAAACCGCAGAGGCUCCUCCACUGGCAGGGGAGAAGCCCGUGGAGCCCAUUCCUGUCUUAGAAGAAGCAAAGCUCGUGUCUGAGCCGGCUUCUGUAUCCGUGGACCAGCCCAAACAGGUGGACGUGCCCCUCGGAGAGGACAGCCAUGACAGCGCUGCUGUGGCACCUUCGGCUCCUCAGGAAAGCGCAACUGCUGAUGCUGUCCCGUGUGUGGAUGCCGAGCCUCUGACUCCCGGAACCACAGUGCCCCAGGUAGAAAGCAGUGUAGACCCCAAACCCAGCAGUCCCCAGCCACUUCCAAAACCGAGUCAGAGGACUGAGGAAGCCGAAGAGCCCAGCGUGGAGAAGCCAGAGGCAGCUCCCAGCACUGAACCUGACGCCACGCAGAAAGCUGGAGUGGCGUCAGAAGUCGAGCCCCCAGCUUCUGAAGAUGUAGAAGCCAAUCCUCCAGUCACCGCCAAGGACAGAAAGACUAACAAAAGCAAGCGGUGCAAGACAUCGAGCCAGGCCGCCGCGGCGAGCACUGUGGAGAAGCCGGUCACCAGGAAGAGCGAGAGGAUAGACCGUGAGAAGCUGAAGCGCUCCAGCUCUCCUCGCGGGGAAGCACAGAAGCUGUUAGAACUAAAGAUGGAGGCAGAGAAGAUCACUCGGGCCGCGUCUAAAAGCUCCGGGGCAGACACGGAGCGCCCUGAGCCCAGCUUGCCUCUCAGCAGAACCAGGCGUCGGAAUGUGAGGAGUGUUUACGCCACCAUGGGCGACCAUGACCGCCGCUCUCCGGCCAGGGAGCCGACAGAGCAGCCCAGAGUGACCAGGAAGAGGCUGGAGCGGGAGCUGCAGGAGGCUGCGGGGCCUCCCACCACCCCCCGGAGGGGGAGGCCUCCUAAAACCCGCCGGCGUGUCGAGGGGGACGCUGACCAGGAGAGGAAAGAGCCGGCGGAGGCGCCCCGGCCCACUGAGGGCUGGAGGUCUCCCAGGGCUCAGAAACUGGCGGCUGCCAGUGGACCUCAGGGGAAAAGGGGGAGACCGGAGCAGAAGGCGGAGGCUGCUGCUGAGGCCAGCGCCCAGGCGAGCACGAGGGAAGGGAGCUCCAAGUCCAGGGGCGACAGGGAGGCAGCGAGUGAGCCGAAACGGGACCGGAGAGACGCCAGCACAGACAAGAACGGAGCCGGCACCUUCCCAGUGGAGGUCCUGGAGAGAAAACCUCCUGAGAAAACCUACAAAUCAAAGAGAGGCCGUGCCCGUAGCACCCGGUCAGCGAUGGACAGAGCAGCACAUCUGAAGAGCCUGGAAAUGGCCGCCAGGGCAGCAGCACAGGCAGCAGACAAGGAAGGUGGGCCUGGGUCAGCCUCUCCUGAGAAAAGUAAGAGCCCCCAAAAGGGAAGGGGCUCCUCACCUCAGCUGGCAGACAACCCAGCAGAUCCUGUCAAGGAAGUGGAGAAGGAAAGUGUGUCUGCCUCCACACUGUCGCCAGAAGCCACACAGCUAGCCAGGCAGACGGAGCUGGAGCAGGCUGUGGAGAACCUUGCAAAGCUCCCUGAGCCGUCCGCUAGUGCGGCUAACAAGGGGACAGCCGCAGGAGCGCCCGAAGAGCCUGCCCCUGAGCGUGGCCACAAGCCGGCACAGCAGGCAAGCGAAACUGAAUUGGCUGCGGCCAUCGGCUCCAUCAUCAGUGGCAGCCCUGGAGAGCCAGAAACCACCUCCGCUUCUCCUUCUGUUCCCCUGGGGUCUCAGACACAUCUACAGGAAGGAACGGAGCCGGGGCCCCAUGCGGCCGUGCCAGGAAUCCUGGAGACAGAGGCAGCAACAGAGUCUUCUGCCCCACACGUCAGUGCCUCAGACCCACCAGAAGGCUCUGCAGACACCAAGGAAGCCAGAGGAGACAGCAGUGAGUCUGUACAGGAAGCCAAGGGCUCGAAAGUGGAAGUCACCACUCCCAGGAAAGACAAGGGGCGGCAAAAGACAACGCGAUCACGCCGGAAAAGGAAUGCCAACAAGAAAGCAGUCGCCAUCGCAGAGACUCGUGCCUCUGAGGCUGAGCAGGCUCAGAGUGAGAGCCCUGCUGCUGAUGGGGUGGCAGCAGCACCCCAAGAAGCUUCCCAGGAAGAAGGACAGAGUGAGAAGCCUCACCCCCUUCCUGGGGAGUGUACUUCUGACCCAAGCAAGACCCCACCUGCUCAGAGUCUAUCCCGGGAAAACAGUGUUGAAGAGAAGACUCCAUGCAAAACCCCGGCCCCCCCUGACCUGCCCCCCCUCUCACAGCCCACACUGGUGGAUGACGAACCCCAAGCCAGGUUCAAGGUGCAUUCAAUCAUCGAAAGUGAUCCGGUGACCCCGCCCAGUGACUCAAGCAUAGCUCCACCCACAAUUCCUUUAGUGACCAUAGCCAAGCUCCCGCCUCCUGUCAUUCCUGGGGGAGUCCCGCAUCAGAGUCCCCCUCCUAAGGUGACAGAGUGGAUCACAAGACAGGAAGAGCCUCGGGCUCAGUCCACCCCAUCUCCGGCUCUGCCCCCAGACACAAAGGCCUCUGACAUGGACACCAGCUCCAGUACACUGAGGAAGAUCCUCAUGGACCCCAAAUACGUAUCUGCCACAGGAGUUACUUCCACAAGUGUCACCACAGCCAUUGCAGAGCCCGUGAGUGCCCCUUGUCUGCAGGAGGCGCCAGCCCCUCCAUGGGAACCUAAGCCUUCUCCCUUAGAAGAGAAGGCAGCAGCCGCAGUGUCAAGCGCUGACACACAAGCCUCAGAGGUCCCUGUCGCUGCUGACAAAGAGAAAGUGGCUCCAGUCAUCGCCCCGAAAAUCACGUCUGUUAUUAGCCGGAUGCCCGUGAGCAUUGACCUGGAAAACUCCCAGAAGAUAACGUUGGCAAAGCCAGCUCCUCAGACCCUGACUGGCCUGGUGAGUGCCCUGACUGGCCUGGUGAAUGUCUCUCUGGUCCCAGUGAACGCCUUAAAGGGGCCUGUGCAGGGCUCAGUGGCCACCCUGAAAGGUUUGGUGAGCACCCCUGCUGGGCCUGUGAACCUCCUAAAGGGACCCGUGAAUGUCCUCACAGGGCCUGUUAAUGUCCUGACCACUCCAGUGAGUGCCACAGUGGGCACGGUGAACGCUGCCCCUGGCGCCGUGACUGCUGCCUGUGGUGUGACGGCCACAACAGGCACAGCAGCCAUGACAGGUGCAGUGGCUGUCCCAGCAGCGAAGGGCAAGCAUCGGGCAAACAGCACCGAGAACAGCCGCCUCCACCCCGGGGCCAUGUCGGUGAUCGAUGACCGGCCGGCAGACACGGGCUCUGGCGCAGGGCUGCGAGUGAAUACUUCAGAGGGGGUCGUGCUUCUGAGCUACUCAGGACAGAAGACAGAAGGCCCCCAGCGCAUCAGUGCUAAGAUCAGCCAGAUCCCGCCGGCCAGCGCGAUGGACAUUGAGUUUCAGCAGUCAGUUUCCAAGUCCCAAGUGAAAGCCGACCCCAUCACCCCCACCCAGUCUGCACCCAAAGGCCCUCAGACCCCUGCAGCCUUUGCAAACAUGGCCGCCCAUUCUACUCUGGUGCUGACUGCUCAGACAUACAACGCCUCUCCCGUGAUCUCCUCUGUGAAGACGGACCGCCCGUCCUUGGAGAAGCCCGAGCCCAUCCACCUCUCGGUGUCCACGCCCGUCACCCAAGGUGGCACGGUGAAGGUCCUCACCCAGGGCAUCAACACCCCCCCAGUGCUGGUUCACAACCAGCUUGUCCUCACCCCCAGCAUAGUCACCACUAACAAGAAACUCGCUGACCCUGUCACUUUGAAAAUAGAGACCAAGGUCCUUCAGCCAGCUAACCUGGGGCCCACCCUCACUCCCCACCACCCUCCUGCCCUGCCUGGCAAACUGCCUGCAGAAGUGAACCACGGGCCUCCUGGGCCCAGCAACCCGGCAGAGCGAGCCAUUGCCCACUUGGCAACCACAAAACCAGACACUCACUGUCCUCGGCCUGCUGGGCCUGCCGCAGGCCCGUUCCCUAGGCCGUGCCACCCCAGCAGCACGACAUCCACAGCACUUCCCACCAAUGCCACUGUCAUGCUGGCUGCAGGCAUCCCGGUGCCACAGUUCAUCUCCAGUAUACACCCGGAGCAGUCUGUCAUCAUGCCCCCCCACAGCAUCACCCAGACCGUGUCCCUUGGUCACCUGUCACAAGGGGAGGUGAGAAUGAGCACUCCCACCCUGCCCAGCAUCACCUACAGCAUCCGACCGGAGACACUGCACUCUCCUCGGGCCCCUCUGCAGCCCCAGCAGAUAGAGGCCCGGGCCCCACAGCGCGUGGGCACGCCCCAGCCAGCCACAACUGGCGUGCCUGCUCUGGCCACACAGCACCCUCCUGAGGAAGAAGUUCACUAUCACCUCCCUGUGGCUCGAACUGCAGCCCCCGUGCAGUCGGAAGUGCUGGUCAUGCAGUCUGAGUACCGGCUGCACCCAUACACCGUUCCCCGGGACGUUCGGAUCAUGGUGCAUCCACACGUGACUGCUGUCAGUGAGCAGCCCCGGGCCGCAGAGGGGGUGGUGAAGGUGCCACCAGCCAGCAAGGCUCCGCAGCAGCUGGUGAAGGAAGCGGUUAAGACUUCAGAUGCCAAAGCAGUCCCGGCCCCGGCCCCAGCCCCAGCCCCAGCCCCAGCCCCUGCCCCUGCCCCUGCCCCUGCCCCAGCCCUAGCCCCUGCCCCUGUUCCUGUCCCCACCCCCGCCCCGCCCCCUCAUGGUGAAGCCCGAAUUCUCACAGUUACCCCCAGCAGCCAGCUCCAGGGGCUGCCUCUGACCCCACCUGUGGUGGUAACUCACGGGGUGCAAAUUGUGCACUCCAGCGGUGAGCUGUUCCAGGAAUACAGGUACGGUGACAUCCGCACCUACCACGCCCCUGCGCAGCUCGCACACACUCAGUUUCCCGUCGGCUCCUCCAUCAGUCUACCCUCCAGGACCAAGACUGCGCAGGGCCCCCCUGAAGGUGAGCCCUUGCAGUCCACGCAGCCUGCACAGCCUGCCCCGUCUACGCAGUCCACGCAGGCCGUACCGCCUGCCCCACCCUGCCAGCCCUCCCAACUCAGCCAGCCUGCCCAGCCACCGAGUGGCAAGAUUCCUCAGGUCUCCCAAGAAGCAAAGGGGACGCAGACAGGAGGGGCAGAGCAGGCCCGCCUCCCAGCCAUCCCCACUAACAGGCCAUCUGAGCCCCACGCUCAGGUUCCAAGGGCACCCGUGGAAACAGCCCAGCCAGCCCACCCCUCCCCGGUGUCAGUCUCCAUGAAGCCCGAGCUCCCAAGCCCUCUCUCCUCUCAGGCCGCCCCAAAGCAGCCAUUGUUUGUCCCUGCCAACUCGGGCACAAGCACCCCACCUGGGCUGGCUUUGCCCCACACCGAAGCCCCGCCAGCCCCCAGACAAGACUCUUCUCUACACGUGACGCCUCAGCGGCCUGUGGACAUGGUCCAGCUUCUGAAGCAGAAGUACCCCAUCGUGUGGCAGGGCCUGCUGGCCCUCAAGAACGACACAGCUGCCGUGCAGCUGCACUUCGUCUCUGGCAACAACGUCCUGGCUCAUCGGUCCCUGCCUCUCUCUGAGGGCGGUCCCCCGCUGAGGAUCGCCCAGAGGAUGCGACUGGAGGCCUCACAGCUGGAAGGGGUUGCCCGGAGGAUGACAGUGGAGACAGACUACUGCCUGUUGCUGGCUCUGCCCUGCGGCCGUGACCAGGAGGAUGUGGUGAGCCAGACCGAAUCCCUCAAGGCUGCCUUCAUCACUUACCUGCAGGCCAAGCAAGCAGCCGGGAUUAUCAACGUUCCCAACCCUGGCUCCAAUCAGCCCGCCUACGUGCUGCAGAUCUUCCCACCCUGUGAGUUCUCUGAGAGCCACCUCUCCCGGCUGGCCCCUGACCUCCUGGCCAGCAUCUCCAACAUCUCUCCCCACCUCAUGAUUGUCAUCGCCUCAGUGUGAGGCGCUCAACGAUCAACCCCUCAGGGCGUUUUCCUGAGGCUCUGCUGCAAAAAAGAAAUGAACACAGAACCGUGGACAACCCAGGCAGGCAGCGGAGGUGCUGAAGGGGCAGAUGACUGCCAGGCGCCCCCAGCUGCCCUCGCCCUUGCCCCGGCCCCGCCCGCCCGCCCAGCUCUGUCUGUGGAUGGAGCUCCUCUGGGGUGGUGCUGCUUGUAUGUUUACAUGAACUUCUCGCCCAGGACAGACCACCAACCCAUGGACGCGCAGAAACCUUAGGGGCUGGGUUUCUCUCCUCGCUUGGAGAGAAAAGGCACCGGGCCGUGGGAUUCUUCUGUUUUGUUAAACAGAAUAGAACAGCCUUUGCACUAAAUUAGUGACUCGCCUAGUGAGCACAGGCUGUGAUCACGCUCCGGACGUGUGUGCGUGAGCACGUGUGGACGCUCAUGCAGGACCUGGGACUCCUGAAGCCUUGGUGUCAAGGAACAUUUCAGUGGGCGUUUGCCCCAUCUCCUCCGGUCCCCUGCUCAUCGGACAUGUCACCUUUCUUAUUCUCCUGCCGCCGCUACCUUCAACUCACCGGAUGUACAGUUUACAGUUGAGUCAAAGCGAACAGAAGGAGUUUGCUUCUUGGCCGGAUGUGGAGAACUUGGGAUGUGUAUAUAUAAAUAUAUAAUAUAUAUAAAUAUAUAUAAUACUGACUUAAAUCAAAUUUCCCUGACAUACAUUUUUUUUAAUCUGUGCCAAAAAUGUGUUUUCAAAGAAAAUCUUAUUUUCAUACUCAGACUUUGUACCGUCACUCAUUUGUAUAAGUGCGCUUCGCUCCUGCACGGGUCCUGCUCCUGCAACAUGGAAGUGUCACAUAGCACCUGUACAGAAGACCUGGCCACUCCGCUCCACUCUUCCUGUGACCUGGACCUCUCCCUGACUUCCUAACACUUAUUAAUUUAUGAAACUGUUUUUCUCAGCGCAGUUUUGUUCUGUGUGUCCAUUGGAUUACAAACUUUAUUAAAAAAUACAAAACA